AUGAAGAAACGUCGCAGGAAGCAGGCGACACAGGAGCAAGUUCAUUCUUCUUCAGACCGGCCAAAAUGUGGCAACGUCAUUGUCGUCGAUGACAACAACGAAACAGACUCCGCAACUUCGCGGGGUCCGUCUACCAACAACCACCAAGGGUCGACCGAGCCACCGCGUAACAUGCGGACUCCAGUUGAGCAAUACGAGUCGGCUUUGAAGGCGAGAGGAUCCCAAGCGCAGUUGUUGAAGGAUUUGGAUCUGAGUUUGCUGCGGUCAGUGGCAGAAAUCGCUUUCUGCCAAGUAACGCUGACAGCUUCCAGCCGAAGAAAUGGCAACUCACUGCAAGACGAAACCCACCACGAGCUGCAGAGAUAUGCUCGAAGGAUUGAAGUCGCGAAGAGCCGCUUGUCAGUCUCUAUAGCUGACAUAGCUGGUAAGCAGAGCGAGAGUCCAACGUCUGCAGACUCUGGGAUCGACAUCCCCAGCUUGCCAAGGCAGCCUUCUAUUGAUGCAGGACAUUGA